UCGUCAUUCAGUCAUGAACACUAGUGACUUAGUCAGACGCAGUUGUAAAAAGUAAAAAUUACAGUGCCAGUGAAAAACAUCACUUAUUUACCAUUGUUACUAUUUUUUGUAGCUAUUCGACACUUCUCUAAUGAUUAUGCACUUAAGUACCAAGACCUUCUCUAAUCUCACUCGUACUCAUUUGUUUUCAUUUCUUAACGUACUUUCAUUUUAUAAACAAUAGUAGGUACUAAGUUUUUUUUGGCGCGCCAGAGCGGUCAGCAAAGGGUGCGUGAUGCGUUAUAAUUCUCCUUGGUUACUGGAGGGGGACUAUCCCACAACAUUUCGUGCUGAAAAAUGUCGUUCACCGAAGACCGCAUUGAGCAAAUUAUUGGCAGAUUCGGGAGAUAUCAAGUGUGGAUAUUAUUUCUGGUGACUCUAGGACGGUAUCCCGCUGAAUUCCAGCUCGUGAAUGUAGUGUUUAUAGUUCCUAGCGUCGAGUUCGUGUGUAAAGAUGACGACGCCUUCAACGUGACCAACCACUGCCCUUGUCAACAACCGGAGUAUGACCAGAGUACCAUAGUCAGCUCGGUGACGACCGAAUGGAACCUUAUAUGCAACAGGAGUCACCUAGCGAGUUUAGCACAGUCUAUACUCCAGAUCGGUAUUCUAGCCGGAAGUUUAGCAUUUGGACACAUUUCAGACAGAUACGGACGUAAAAUCGCUGUCGUGCUAGCGCUGUUUCUUGAAGCAGUAUUUGUCACACUUUCAGCGUUUGUGACCGAUUACUGGAUGUUCAUGGUCAGUCGGUUCUUGAUCGGCACAGCGCUCGGCGGGACCAUGCUUUGCUGUUUUGUCCUCUUGGUUGAGCUGAGUGGGCGCACGAUGAGGCCCUACAUCAUGGGGCUGUGCGAAGUUCCCUACGUGUCGGGCUACGUGGCGCUGCCGAUAAUAGCAUACUUCGUAAGGGAAUGGAGGCCCCUGCAGCUAGUGACGGGCGCGCCUUGGCUACUUACGCUCGCGUUCUACUGGAUGCUGCCGGAGUCUCCCCGGUGGCUCAUUACCGUGGGAAGGAAAAAGCAAGCCAUCGAACUUCUUACUUAUAUAGCCAAAAAAAACAAUCGCCCAACUGACAAUAUCGAAACUAUUGUAAAUGAAGUUGAGAAAGAAUCAAUGUCGACGAACGAGAACAAACAUGGCAGUUACAUCGAUCUAUUCAAAACGCCAAAGAUCAGAAAAUACACUAUUAUUUCCGCGUUAGUCUGGAUGUGCUGUUCCCACACCUUUUUCGGGAUUAACCAGUAUGUGGGUCAUCUUCAGGGUAACCUGUAUGUAAACGUGAUAGUGACGGCCGCCAGCAACGCCCCUGGAGUGAUCAUAGUGGUGAUUGCCACAUUGCACUUUAAGAGGAGAGUGACUCUCAUUGCGAGCUUUGCUAUCGCCGGGGCAUCGUUUGUAGUUUUCGUUUUAGUCCCUAGCCACUUGCAGUGGGUCACCCUAAUGUUUGCCAUCAUUGGCCAAAUGGGUGUUUACACUGCAUUCAUGCAAAUAUACAUGUAUUCAUCGGAAAUGUUUCCUACAGUAGUGAGAAACUCUGCAUUGGGUUUCUCAUCAGUAUUCGCUAGACUUGGUGGAUUUAUAGCGCCAUAUGUGGUCAAUAUCGGCAUAGAAUGGGCGUCAAUAUUAAUAUUCAGUGCUGCGGCGUUUGGAGCUGCGAUCUUGUGUUGUUUCUUCCCAGAAACUAAAGGCGUUGUUUUGUCAAACGCAAUAGACCAGGUAGAAGACAAAGACAAGACAUCAUCUGAAAAAAUGUACCUUUCAUCACCAUCACCAGUUUUGUAAUAAUAAGCAUAAUAAAUUACCAAGUUAUAACUUGACUUAAUCACA